UUGUUGUCUGCAGGGAGGAAGGAAGAGAGUGAAAUGGAGAUCGAUCAUUUCAGUCACGUUGAGCACAAAUUGACAUUGUUCAAUGAAGAGCAUGCAGAUGAUGGGGAAGAAACCAUUUGCUACGGAUGUGGGGAACCAAUAACAGGUCCAGUUUACAGUUGCAGAGAUUGCAGUUUCUUCCUCCACAAGUAUUGCGCAGAGCUACGUACCUCAACAGGUUAAGCACCCUUUGCAUCGACGACACCCUCUUAUUCUUUAUCCUCAUUUUUCUUCUCACCCACACUACUCAAAAUAUUACAGCAGCUACAACUGUGAUUUCUGUCAGUAUACUCUUCCUAACUUCGUAUACCAUUGUUCUUAUUGCUUCUUCAACCUUCACGCGGCCUGUGCUUUGCUUCCACGCUGCAUAAUUGAACCUGAAAGUUACAAUCACGAGUUCACUCGCUUGAUUAGUUCAAACUCAUUCACUUGCAACGCUUGCGGCCUUGAGGAGGAAUCACAUCCUGUCCAAUGUACCAUUUGUCAUAUUCUGGUACAUGAGAAAUGCAUGUCACUACCACAGACAAUUGCUAUAUUGCACCAUGAUCACACCAUGAUUUAUACUUACUUCAUUCAAGAAGAAGAAGAAAAAGAAGAAAACCAUUCUUUCAAUUGGGAUUGCGGAAUUUGUCAAGAGAAAGUGAACACAACUUACGGGAGUUACUAUUGCCAAGAUUGCAAAUUUGUUGUCCAUGUAAAUUGUGGAAUGGACAAUGAUACUUCAAGCGACGAACCAUACAAUCGGCAAGUAGAUGAAGAUGAUCUAGAUCCAAUUCUCUCUGCACUCAAGAAGAUUGCUGCUGUAGAUCAAAAUGAGUUACAGAUUGAGAAUCUGCAGUUCAUCCAUCACCAUAACUUAAUCUUAGUCAAUGAGACUGCUGAUGAUAAACGUUGCGACGGAUGCAUCCUACUCAUCUCAUCAUCUCCAUUGUACAAGUGUGAAGAGUGUGACUUUACACUCCAUAAGAGCUGCAUCGAAUUGCCUCGACAGAUUAAACACCGGCUUCACCAACACAACUUGGCACUACUUCCAAAGGCAUCAUCACUUGAUCCCAUUUUUCGCCCCCUGCUUGAGAAAUAUCCCGAUACCCUCCUUCCAACGGGUUCUGUUGUGAAUGGAAUUUUCAGAUGUAGUGCUUGUCAUGAAUGGUGCCAUGGCUUCAGCUAUUGCUGUGAAUACUGCGACUUCAAAAUCGAUCUCCGAUGUGCUUCAAUUCCAUACAGAUUCAAACACGAUGGGCACGACCACCUUAUAAAUCUUACCAUAAGCGAUAAAACUGCCAAGUACUGGCUUGAAGAACAUCCUCUUAGGCUCACGUAUCACAAUACCGAUGAUGGUUCCGAUGAGUACUAUUGUGACAUUUGUGAAGAGCAAAGAUCUCCCGAGUACUGGUACUACUAUUGUGCUAAAUGUGACUAUGCUGCUCAUCCUUCAUGCGCUCUCAGCGACUUUCCUUUCAUCAAGUUAGGAAGCAGUUAUACGUGCGAUGCUCAUCAGCACCCUCUUACUUUUGUCAGAAGAAAUCGCAACCACCUUCAGUGCAGCUCUUGCAAUAGCAAGUGCGGAAAAUUGUCACUUGAAUGUGGAGAAUUAGAAUGCAAAUUUAGCCUUCAUUGGCCAGAUUGUGUAGGCUCUGUAAUCGAGCUCGAUGGAUCCCGGAAGAUUUAUAAUGUCGAUAACCCUGUGCUUCCGACAAGGGUAUCAUUCAGGAUGCCAUCUUGAAAGCGACGAGAAAACUAAAAUCACAGCACCUCGACUGAAUCGCCGAAUCUCUUCUUUGAGUCCUCUGUCUCUCUUAAGCUAUCAAUCACCACCAGAAUUGUUCUCCUAGCUUUUGUAUUCCAUUCUGCAUUUUGUAGAUAUUAAACCGUUAGUUCCUUCUGCCAAGAGACUGAACUUGCAAGAUGCAUAUCCACUGAUUACCACUCUCACCCUCACAUUUGUGAAAAGAACUAGGAACUACUCCUAUCUUGUACGCCAUAAAUACUGUAAGGAAUUAUCAUUGGAAUGCUCAGAGCCUCAGUGCAGCUACAGAAUUCACUGGAACUACUGUGACCUUAC